AUGAACAGUCGAGUGAUGUUGUGGAAAAUUUUCGUUGUUAUUGGCAUGGCGUUAUUAAUGUAUGCAAAUUAUGCGGAAGCUGGCAAACAUCAAAAGAAGAAAAAAAUCGUCAUACACGUACCCAUCCAUAAAAAGAUCGAAAAACAUACACACACCGUCAUCAAACACAUCCAUCAUCAUCACAAACCGAUUGUUCUCAAAGAGGAAAAGAAAAUCAUCGAGGAGCAUCAUCAUCCGGUUAUAAAAAAGGAACAAGUCUCACAUGAACAUCAUCAUCAUCAUGAGGCAAAACAUGAACAUCAACACAAACAUAAGCAUGUAGAACCGGUUAAGGAAUAUGAGGAGGAUCAUGAAGAGGAACAUGUACAUCAUCAUCAUAAUUAUGAGCAUAAGUCACAUGAUGAGGAAGUCGAUGAUGAUUUUAUAGAAACAAGGCAUUAG